CCAUUCUGAAACCCCUUCACUUAUGUCUUCAAAACAUCGUUUUGUGCCCCUUUACUUAGGUACUGCCAGAAAUGCAGGCACAUAAAGCCCGACAGGGCGCACCAUUGCUCCGCAUGCGAGGUGUGCGUGCUGAAAAUGGAUCACCACUGCCCCUGGAUAAACAACUGCGUCUCCUACUCGAAUUACAAGCAAUUCUUUUUGCUGGUCGCCUACCUCACCGUCUACAGUUUUUACUUCGUCGCCACGUCGCUGGAGUACAUCAUCGAGUUCUUCAAGGAUAUGCAGGAGAGAAAGGAUUCGGUGCAUUUUAUUGGGGGGUACGUGUUUACGGUGGUGGCGUGCGUGUUGUUCGCGGUUCUGUUGGGAUAUCAUGUACAAUUGAUACGUAAGAACGAGACUACGAUAGAGUCCUUGAAAGAGGCGGUGUUUUGUGAAGGAAACAUGACCUUCGAUUUGGGGUGCGGGAGAAAUUUGAGGGAAGUUUUCGGGGACAACAAGGUGUUGUGGUUUGUUCCGGUGUUUUCUUCUUUGGGGGAUGGUUACACUUUCCACGUGUUGAAUAGGGUGUUGUAAUAAAACGAG